GCCCACCCCCGCCAGCAUGGCCACCGACUCCUGGGCCUUAGCCGUGGACGAGCAAGAAGCCGCCGCACAGUCGUUGAGCAACUUGCAUCUCAAGGAAGAAAAACCUAAGCCAGAGGCCAAUGGUGCCGUUGUCAAAACCGAUAACAAUGCGGAAAAGACUGAAGAUGAGGAGAAAGAGGACAGGGCUGCACAGUCAUUGCUAAACAAGCUGAUCCGCAGUAAUCUCGUCGACAACACAAACCAAGUGGAAGUCCUGCAGCGGGAUCCAAAUUCCCCCCUCUAUUCGGUGAAAUCCUUCGAAGAGCUACGACUGAAACCCCAGCUUCUGCAGGGAGUCUAUGCCAUGGGCUUCAAUCGACCAUCCAAGAUCCAAGAGAAUGCCCUCCCCAUGAUGCUCGCAGAACCACCUCAAAACCUGAUUGCACAGUCUCAGUCCGGUACUGGAAAAACAGCCGCCUUUGUCUUGGCUAUGCUCAGCCAGGUGGAACCCUUGAACAAGUACCCGCAGUGUCUGUGCCUUUCCCCCACGUACGAGCUGGCUCUCCAGACGGGAAAAGUGAUCGAACAGAUGGGCAAGUUUUAUCCGGAACUCAAACUUGCGUAUGCCGUACGAGGCAACAAAUUGGAGCGAGGUCAGAAAGUGUCGGAGCAUAUUGUGAUCGGGACCCCCGGGACGGUCCUGGACUGGUGUUCCAAGCUGAAGUUUAUCGACCCCAAGAAGAUCAAAGUGUUCGUCCUGGACGAGGCCGAUGUGAUGAUCGCCACCCAAGGCCACCAAGACCAGAGCAUCCGCAUCCAGAGAAUGCUCCCCCGAGACUGCCAGAUGCUGCUCUUCUCAGCGACCUUUGAAGAUUCAGUGUGGAAGUUUGCCCAGAAAGUCGUCCCCGACCCCAACAUCAUUAAGCUGAAGCGAGAAGAGGAGACGUUAGACACCAUCAAGCAGUAUUACGUGCUCUGCAGUAAUCGAGACGAGAAGUUCCAGGCGCUCUGUAACCUGUACGGGGCCAUUACCAUUGCGCAAGCUAUGAUUUUCUGUCACACUCGGAAAACGGCUGGCUGGCUGGCAGGAGAGCUGUCACGAGAAGGCCAUCAAGUGGCUCUUUUAAGUGGCGAGAUGAUGGUGGAGCAGAGAGCUGCAGUGAUCGAUCGUUUCAGAGCGGGCAAAGAGAAAGUGUUGGUGACCACCAAUGUGUGUGCCAGAGGUAUUGAUGUCGAGCAGGUGUCUGUGGUGAUCAACUUCGACCUGCCGGUGGACAAGGACGGGAAUCCAGAUAACGAGACGUACCUUCACCGGAUCGGACGCACUGGCCGCUUCGGCAAGCGAGGGCUGGCGGUGAACAUGAUCGACAGCAAGCACAGCAUGAACAUCCUUAACCGGAUCCAAGAACAUUUCAAUAAGAAGAUAGACAGACUGGAUACAGAUGAUUUGGAUGAGAUUGAGAAAAUAGCCAACUGAAAAGCAGCUGCCGGAUUUGGUUUUCGCCCUCCCAGGGUGGGGGUGCAUCUCCCUCUACAAUUGGUCUGACGUUCAGAUUGGCACAACUCUCAGCUGGUCACAAAAAGGACUCUGUUGUGAAUCCACAGAAAUUACCUCAUUUGAAAUCACGGUUGGGUUUUUAAAUUGUGCAACUAAUGCAGGGAGGUAGCAAGAGAACAUGUUUACACAAGCUUUUCAGAUUUCUUAGUUUAGCCUUAAGAUGGGGAAAACAAUUAAAGACUUGCCAAAAAGCGGACUCUGAAUUAACAUCUAAAAAGUAAUAAAUGACUUCUCACUUCACUGGGACAUAGCUUUCUAAGCAUUCUUGGUCAGCAAAGAGGGUCAAAUAUACAGCCGAUGGAUUAUUAUUAUUAUUAUUGUUAUUAUUAUUAAGCUUAGAGCAAAAACUCAAGAUGAAUGGGUUCUUCUUUUCCUGUAGCUAAAAUGAUUUGCAGCUUCUCGAGUUCAUUUCUUAAUGCCCAUUCCCUAAGCCUUUCCUCCUCUCGGCCCCUAGAGCCGUGGUCAUUUUUAACUGAACGGAAUCAUGUGCUUCUAAGUGCCGAUCGAAAGAACAGUUUUGAAUCUGUGCACAGUGGCUGGAUUGCUAAUUAUGUAAUUGCCUUUGAAAUCAUUGCCGUCGAUGGUAUAAAAAAGAAAAUUAUACGAGGAGGUGGAAAAGGCUACUGCGCGAACGCUUAUUUUCCCCCCCACCCCGUACUCUGCUUACAGACUGUCUCCUUGUCCGACGUACUUCUGAUGAAUUUACACGUCCAGCGCCGGGCCCAGUUUGUUCGGCUUCGUCGUUUUCAGCAAUCUUAAGUCUCCCCUCAAAAGCAGCCACUCGCGCCUCUGAGGCUCCGCCGCAUCUCAUCAUUGCUUCUCAUCUCCCCCUCGCAUCUUCCUCUCUCUCGCUUUCUAGCUCCGUAUUCCAGCUUACCAUUCAGUAGCCGUCUGGGUAUCCUGCCCCAUUCCUUCUGUAUUCCCAUUCUACCAGCGGGGAAGUGUGGCUUCAGUGCCGAUCGAUUGGCAGCGUUCCCGCAUCCCUUGGGAUGGAAUCCCUUCCUACCAUCGUGGUAAGUGUAGCUUGCAGGUGAAGCAAUUAACUGUCCACUGUCAUCAGUAUUUAUCAAAUACGUACUGGGUUCAGAGUGUCUUAAAAGGCGCUUGGGGAACAUAGGGAAAAUAAGGCGUGUUCCCUGUCUUUAAGGAGCAUGCGAUUGAACGGGAAGUCAGAUAUGUCUGAAGCGUGUUUAGGCGGUUGGUUGGACGGCUCUGUAGGCCUCCUGGCUUGUUGCCUCUUUGGCAGAUGGAAUGCAGUGGCAAAGGUGGUGCUGGCCUUCCCGAUUUGGUUUUUGUUCUAUUUAUCAGUGCAUCAGUGGAUAAUGGGCUGUCUAGGGAGCCAAAUUCGAUCAUCAUGUUCGCUUCUCCAUUUUGUUUUAUUUAUCAGAGUGGAUCAUUGGAUAACGUGCCGCCUAGGGAGCAGAAUUCUGUGGUCACGUUCACUUCUCUAUAGAUAAUGGGCUGCCUGGGGAGCUAAAUUCUCCGAUCGGGCUCUAUUUCCAGUGAAGAUCAUCUUCAGAUAUACGGAGGGUUUCCCUGGUGCAAUUUCACCUCAGUUUUUUUUAAUCCGUAGUGCUUUGCUCACUCUGUUAAACAGCUCACAAUUGUGCGGCGGUUGGGGCAGGGGGGUAAGGGAGGGGGGUGUGUGUGCGUGUGUAGAACCCAGUCAUCCAUAUUAAACAAAUGUGGGAUAACUGUCUCUAGGGAUCUGGUCGAUGCUUGGAAUUUUAAAGUUGGAAACUUCCCAGAUGAUCAGAAUGAUUUUCCAAGAGGAGUAUCUCGGUCCUCAGUUCUGUUCCCCUGAAUGCCUGCCUAUUAAAUCUGAUAGAAAAACAUAAGAAACGUCAUCCUUGGGCUGACUGCCGGUCUAUCCAGCCCAGUUUGCCGACUCCAGCGGUAACAGAGAGACUACUUGGGAGGAUUUUGUGUGGUGGCUGCCCUCUUUGACCCCCUGUCCUGACCUGACUAACUUCUUUUUCCCUCCACGUCCCAACUCUCCAUCCCCUAACCCAUUCUGAACUCUUAUCCGUGCACUGACUCGGACGUCUUCUUGCUAGCCUCUAAGUACCAAACUUGUAAACCAGAUUCUCGAUGGAGUAAGUUGAGCAAUAAGAUGGGGGAGAAGGGGCAAGGCUGUUAAUUACCCUAUGUAGAAAUCCAUCAAUAACAAUCUUUAGUCUCUUAGAGGCACAAUGGGAAUUGGAUUUGCAGUUGCUCCUUGUUUGGGUAGGUGGAUGACUUUAGUGAAUGACACUUUCCACACAUUUGGUGAGAAAAAGGGGUUUUGAUCCGUAUUGAAGUUGGGCGCAGGAAAGUGGGGAAGAAAUCAUGAAGCGGCCCAAAAAAUUCAAGCGUCGGAUUGACCUGUUAAAAUAUGGAUGAUUCUGUCUUUCUUGACGCGUAACUCACUAAACACUGUUGGGAAGAAAUCCGCUCUGUGUGGUGGUCCGGCAAAGUGGUCCCUAAAGACCUGAACUCUGAAGUUACCCCUUGAUCUGGGAAGUUCUUUUCCCUAAAGAUUGACUUCGGCAUUGGGCUUCUUGUCCAUUGGGACCAUUUUGGGGGUACAAGCGUGUGGAUUUUUGUUUUCUCCCCGUUUCUUGGAGAGAGAAAGUAAGCUCCUAAACUUUUUGGUGUGUAAUCUCGUAGUGGGGUGGCAGGGUGAGUGUCCUGUCUCUCUCUCUCUCUCUCUCUCUUUCUCCCUCUCUCAGCACAAGAAUCAAUUCAGAACAAAUGUACAAAUUGUAAAUUUAAAAGGAAUCUCUCUUUUGUUUUGCGAUUUUGGCCAUCAUUCUGUUCACAGACAGGAACGUGGAUCCUUUUACCGAGUAAAAAAAAAAAAGGCUCACUUAAAAUGUACCUAAAAUUUUAGGAGAUUGUACACCCUUUUAUCAAUUUGUAUAAAGCCUUUAAUGAAAACUGUUUAAAUUGAAACUUUUUUGUAUUCCGGGGGUGUAUAUUUUUAUUCUUCUUCUUAUUGGAAACCUAUUUAAAAUGGCAGACGAGUGAAUGCUUGAGUGUAGAGUGGAAGUUUAGUUUCGGUCACCUACGUGAACGGUGCAUUGGAUUGGGUCGCUGCCGGCCCUGUGUGCUGUUUCUGAUGUACUUUUAAUUGGAAUAAAAAGAACACAUGCCAAAUCCUG